ACAAUGACAUUAUGAUGUUCGAUAAAAUGACGUGGUCGAGGUUAUGAAUUGUUAAAAAAUAUGUUUUAACAUUAAUCAAAGCGAUAAUAUAGUUCCAAAUAUUUAUUAAUAGUUAAUAAAAAUACAAAAUGAUCGAGAUAACAGAUACGCAGAAAAUCGGGGUAGGUCUCGCCGGCUUUGGCAUGACCUUCCUGUUUCUGGGUGUGCUUCUGUUAUUUGAUAAGGGUCUGCUGGCCAUAGGAAAUAUACUUUUCAUAAGCGGUUUAGCCUGCGUCAUAGGUCUACAGAGGACGUUUUUCUUCUUUUUUCAACGGCAUAAAAUCAAGGCAUCCGUGGCUUUCUUUGGUGGCAUAAGCAUAGUGUUGCUUGGAUGGCCUAUGAUUGGCAUGAUCGCUGAAAUAUACGGGUUUUUAUUACUGUUCAGAGGUUUCCUGCCGGCCGCUAUCAACUUCCUUCGAAUGGUGCCUGUCCUGGGGUCCUUGUUGAGCCUGCCUAUCAUACGAGGGGUUGUGGACAGGAUAGCGGGCGACAACGGUCGGAAUAUGGUAUGAUAGACGAAGCGUGAAACAAAGAAUGGGGUUUCUGCUACAUUCCUUUUUAUUUAAUUAAAAUAUAUUUUUACAUAAUU